UAUCAUACACACAUAUAUAACUUAACAUACAAUACAAGUAGCACAGUUCAAAAAUUCAUUUAAGAAUCUGAAAUGGGUCUUGGGACUUUGCCUUUGACCCCUCCUUAUUAUUACACCAGUUUCUCUUCAAAAUCAGGACUUGUAAAUAAUACCAAAAAUUGGAGGGGGUUCAAUAGAAGCAAAAAAUUAAUUGUUUCAGCCAAACAAGAGAAGAAGGAAGAAGAAGAUAAGAAUAAGCAAUCUUUCUUUACCAGUGUAACUGAUGCUCUUGAUUUUUCUCAAGCUAGAUCUGCAGAAGAUGCUCUGCUUAUAGAAGAAGCUAGAGAAGCCACAAAGUCUGGAGAAAAAAUGAGCAGGGAACAGUAUGGAGCUCUUAGAAGGAAAAUUGGUGGAACAUACAAGGACUUUUUCAAAUCUUAUGUUGAAGUGGAUGGGGCAUAUGUUGAAGAGGGUUGGGUAGACAAAACGUGCAAGGUUUGCAAAAAGGACACGAAGGGUGAAGCAAGGCAAGUGGACAAGAUUGGAAGAUAUGUUCACGUAGCAUGUUUAGAGAAAGCCAAAACUGGCAACUUCUUUACUAGACUGUUCUCUUAAUGAAACAUCAUUUGACAUGGUAUUGUAGUGGAUGGAGAAGAGACGUUUACUCAUUAUCAUUUCAAUACAAAAAUGAAAAAAUUUAGUAUAGUUUCCUCUUCGGCCAAA